AGCUGUGAGGAGCUGACAGGGACACAGGGACAGAAGGAGAGAGGUAGCAUAGGAGAGAGGAACACAGGACAUAGGGCUAAAGAAUCUAUUGGGGAGUAAAGAGAGAAAGAAUCAGGGAGAGAAGAGAGAAAGAAGAGAGAAGAAGCAGGCUAAAAAGAAAGGCAUAAGGCAAGUGUAAUAAGAGAGGGAAAGAGAGGGGAGGAGAGAAUUCAAAAUUAACUUGGAGAGCAAAAGUGAGAACAGACCUAGUGACAGAGCGAAACGUGGGAAGCAAAGAGAGAAAGAGAGGGGGAAUAAGAAAAAAGAUGGACAUAGUGUUUGCCUAAACCAGCAACCUUAGCCAAAGCUGUCACACUAAGAGACUGUCAGCCAGAGCCAAGGACACAGACAGUUGCAGUUUGGGAAGAGCACUUGGCAGCUGGCUCACCACUGGAGUCCUGAAGCUGCUAUCAAGGACAAGGACUCUGUAAUUGUGCCAAGGGGAAUAGACUGGCUCCCAGCAUCUCUAAGGAAAAGAAGUCCCUGGAUUGUGCAAGGGAACCAAGAGCCCCAAGUCCACUCACAGACAUACAACUUCUGCAUUGUGCCAGUUAGAGCACCUCCAUUCUCUGGUACAAUGCAGGGGGCAGAACACAGACCCUUACUUGGCAUUGCCAUCCUUUACUGGCUGGCCAUUCUCCCUUCCUUAGUGGAUGCCAAAGGCACAUAUUACCCACCGCCAGCCUCAGGAAGAUUCAUUCACAACCUGUAUACCUCGGGCUCCCAGCCUCAGCACUACGGCAAGCCUAUUGGGAAACACAGGAACUUGUGUAUGUAUGUUGUAGAGAAGAACGUGACCUGCACACAGCAGGAUGGAUCGGAACCAUAUAUCAAGGCCGAGUAUCUCAAAUGUGCCUGGGGACCCAAGUGUCGAGGGACCGUUGUCUAUAGGACACUCUACAGGCCUAAGUACAAGAUUGGCUACAAGGUUGUGACUGAACUACAGUGGCGCUGCUGCCCCGGACAGACUGGAGAUUCAUGCCAGGAUGGAUCCACCCCUCAGUCUGGUUUCCUGCCACCCUACCAAGGACCUAAAGCUGGCCCAGCACACAUGCCUUUCCCUCCACCCCAGAGCCCUCCAAUGUACAAUAAGCUGCAGCCAGAGGUCCUUCCAGGGGCACCCAUUCCACCAAGCAAAAAUGGCUUUGGUCGGAAGAUGGCUCCUAUAUUUGGAGAACGUCUGGACCGUGUGGAGGAAGAUGUCCGACGUCUCUCUCAGUCUUAUGAAAGUCUGCAGGGAGUGGUCACCGGUUUGGGAGAUUCCCUACGCCUUUCUAUCCAAGAGGAUACAAACAAGAUGAUUGGUUCCCUUAUCAACAGCCCCAGUUCCGCCUCACAUUCCUCUGUGGGAUUUGGUGUGAUCCCUGAUGCACUGGCUGAAGCACCCCACAUCCCUGGAGACAUCUCUGGAAGGGUAAGUGAGGUGGCUGACAUUUUGCGCACCAAGACUGAACUGCUGGAUGAGGUCAAUGGGAUGGUGCUGGGACAUGAAGCCCAACUGAAGCACCUUCUGGAAGCAGCAAAGCCAUCUCCCCUCACUUCCACUGAACUGCUGGAUCAGUAUCUAGAAGGUAAAUUAGCCGAGACCAGAGCACAACUGCUGGAAGGACUAGAGACACGUCUACAGAAUAUCCAGGGGGCAUGCGAUGUCAAGGUGCAAGCAGUGAAGAAAGAAUGCAUAGAUGGGGAGCAAGCUGCAUCUCAUAGGAUUCAGCAGGAAAUGGAUGGCAGAGAAGUGGAGAUGAGAAGGGAGAUGUCCGCUAUGAAUGCCAAAGUGAUUGGGUUUAGUGCCCCUGAAGGGUGUUGUGGAAGAAUUGAGGGUCUUAUUAAACGUGUAGAAGAAUUAGAACGUGGGUUGCGACAGCUCACUGAAGACCACCAUAGUUUGAGCCAAAAACUGGAUGUGGAGAUUGCACGACUUAUGGUAGAACCUCAAGCUAAUAUGAGGUUGGAUGACAUUGAAAGCAGAGUGAACCUUACAGAGGAAGGCGUUAGGAGGUGCUGCCAGGAAGGAGGGGAGAGUGGUCAUUUCCUGGCUGAACUGGAUGGAGUAAAAGUCUCUGUAGAUGAUAAGAUGAGAGUUCUGGAGGAGAGACUGCUCACUGCAGUGGGAGAGCUGGGCAAUGCCACAAUUCCACUGGACGGGGCUGUGAUGCCGUUGCUUGAUGCCCAGAUCUCCGAGUUGCGUAGGGAGGGUAUGGAUGGGCUUGCUACAAUUCAGGGCCGGUUGACUACUGUAGAGGAACUGUGUGCUGCUGGAUGUUCUGUGCCUGGUGGCGAGUCCAUCACUGACAUCCACAAUGAGCUUUCACAAUGCCGCGACCAGGGCCAAGACCUUCGCACCCAACUGAACCACCUAAACAAUACUAUCUUGGGCAUUCAAAGGCAUCUUGAAAUGCAGAAGGAAGAGGCCUUGCAAGGGGAAAUCACUCUCCUACAGGUAAAUCUGCGGAGUGUGGGACGUUCCGUACACGGCCUGGAGGAAACAGUUAAUAAGUACGCAGAUACUGUUGUCCAGGUGAACACCACAGCCGAGGAGCGGGGAAGCCGUCUAAACGAAGAGUUAAUUACUGUGCAAGGCCAGGUGGAGGGCCAAGGCUCCCAGAUCCGUACUGGUCGAGCACAACUACUGGGUCUACGUGGGGACAUGGAAAGGAUUAAGGCUCGACUUGCAGGGCAGAUGGGAACCUGCCAGGUCAUUGCUCGAGACCUAAAGGGGGAGGUGUCUCAAGUUGAGCGAAGGUUAAAGCAAGUGGAGGGCUCUUGCCAUGGGCAUGAAACAAACCUCUUAAGCUACUUGGAUCAUAUUAACAGUACUCUGGCCUCCCACGAGCAAGAUUUGGCUUCCCUCAGACACCAGCAGGCACCAAGCUUAGCACUGCCACCUACCACUGCUGCCACACCAGGGGCAAAAUAGCAGGAAACAACUGGGUGGACACAACAUUCUUGGGUGCCUUGAAAAGAACUAUGAGGUUAGGCACUGAUAUACACCUAUGGGGAACUGCACACAGGAGGGAACAUUAAACAACAAACCUUGAUACUGUGGUUAGUAGAUCAGACUGAGCGGACAGACCAACCUGCUGCGUGGGAGAAAGAAGAGCGUUUGGUGCUAGGGCAUUAUACAUCUAUAUAAAGGGGGGUGUCUCAGCUGUGCCUUUAUCUAUAGACUCCCACAUUGUGCUUCUCUGUCCCCCCCCCCCCCCCCCUUAUUUAUCUAAAAGUAAACCUUAAUACGCGGUGCCUUGUUACAACACUGUGCUGUUAUGUUCUUGUUUUUCUUGGGGAAUACAAUGCAAAAGGAAACUCAGAUAUAAUAACAUGUCUGGGGGAAACAAAAGAGUGACGCCGGGACUGUGCCAAGACUGGCAUGCUGGGGGCUUGCAGAUAAUAGAUCACUAUCAGCCCAUUCCGCACAUUCCCAUACUCUGUUAUUCUUUAUUUCAGGAAGACCAUGGAUGCCAAAGCCAUAGUUCUCCCGUUGUUGCUAAGCAAGGACUCCCAUCAUCCUCAGCAACGCAUGGCUAGUCAUAGGUCUGGCUAAUAAAUAGCAUUCAGCUGUAUUUCAUACCUUUCUGUGUUGCACAGGCGCCCCCUGCUGGAAUAUGGGAGAAAAUAGACAGUUGUAUGCCUAGGGGUGGCAGUGGGUUUAUUAUCCAAUAGGGUAAAGGGUGACUGACUGCUCAUUACCUGGGCCCUGGAAAAAAACCCUUUUUGUAACCUUUUCCUCUUCAGUUAUCUCUUCUUUUUUAUUAAUGGGAUUGUGCAACAUCUGAAGCAAUAUUGAGGAAUUUUAUUAAAGUUAUGUUCUUUUAACCCUCAGGAACGUAAGACUAUAUGUGCCUAAGGGGGUCUGUAUCAAUACGAAUUGCCCCUGUUUAUUCAAAGUCAUCUCCUCUGUUUAAAGGGGUUGUUUCCCUUUGAGUUAACCUUUAGUAUGAAGAAAAUUUGCAAUUGGUCUUCAUUUUUUAUUAUUUGUAGUUUUUUUUAAUUAUUUCAGUGUGUGUUCAGCAGCUCUCCUGUUUGGAGUUUCAGCAGCUAUCUGGUUGCUAGGGUCCAAAUGACCUUAGCAACCAGGGUGUGGUUUGGAUGAGAGACUGAUAUAUGAAUAGGAGAGGGGCUGAAUAGAAAAAUAAGUAUUAAAAAAUAGUUUUUUGGCUGCUGGGGUCACUGACCCCUGUUUGAAAGCUGCAAAGAGUUAUAAGAAGAAGAAAUAAUUUAAAAAAACUCUAAAAAAAAAUAAUUAAUGAAGAUCAAUUAAAAAGUUAAAGGUGAACCACCCCUUCAGAUUUUAUUGUUGCCGCUGGGUAAUUAAUAGGAGAUUCACCCAUUUCGUACAUUCCAAGUUCUAACGAAUCCCAUGUCAGUAACAGGAAUUUUGCGGAUAUGAUGUAAUGGGGCUCAUUUACAGAGGUACUAAAUUGCACGAGUACAGUUGCCAAUAGCAGCCAAUCACAGCGGUGGGUUUCUAAUGACGGCACCCAGAGGCUGCCCCCAUUCCCUGCCCCCAGCUGGGCAGUCAGUCCUUGGGCUCCAUCACCAAUUGAUUGCUAUGGGCUACUGCCCAGGUGCAAAUUUGCCCAGUCUCAGUAAUCCCAGUAAUUCCCAGUAAUUGAGCCCCAAUGUCUGUUACAUGUAACAUGCAGGCAAAGAAACAGCCUGGCUUGGCUCUGUUACCCAGCUGAUUUCUUGCAGCCAGAAAAAAACAAACAGGUUACAUUGUUUUUUAUGGAGAAAGCCACAUGGACUGCAAGUAGCUGCAAAUCACUCAUGUUAUCUUUAUACACAGAAUAUAGGUGUAGCCCUCCAGUCGUUGUCAAUUGGCAGAUGCUGGAGGUUCAAGCAACUGCAGGAAGUCGCCCAACUAGAGCACUCUAGUGCAGUCCCUUAUCUCUAACCCUGGGUUCUCUCUCCAGUCCCUGCCGGCCCAAUGCGUUACGCUUCCCCUUUAACAAAUGCACCACUGACCCAAAGAUGAACCGAGUGAAUGAGGGGUGGCAUCUCAUUUGCACAAUAAUGAAUGGGCGCUACCAAAGCUAUAAAAAGCCAGUUAUGUGAAUAUAGAGUUAUAGUGGGACACUGCUUCUGGGUGUAGAGGAUUCUGGGACUUGUAGUUCAGCAACUGCUCAGAAAUCACAGUGCAGGUGUGUGUCUGCUGGCUCGAUACCAAAGUGUCACUUGGGUCAACCUGAUGCCCCGGCAGCUACUUGGACUAGGUGCUGCGCACUGUUUAGUUGUGCCACCCCUCUCUGAUAUCAUUGGGAUGGAUCCCAUAGAACAGGCCAUACACAUACACGGGCACCUUACUAUUGCCUCCCUCAUUGGGCGCUGACCCCAGCAGCAAGGGCCAAUAAGCCUUCAUCCACCAGAAUUAUCUCCCACUAUAGCCUAUGCAUGCCCAGAUGCAAAGCUACCCUUAACAGUUUGGUUGCUAGGGUAGUGGGACCCUAGCAACCAUAUAAUCAUUUCAAUGUUAAACCUGGACAGCACCUGGAAAAAAAAAAAAAAAAGCUUCCGCUUCACAAAAUCUGAAAAAAAUACUAACAGCAAGUCACCAUAAUAUAUCUAAGGGUAUGUAUAGAGGGGCAUCAAACCCACGGCUGGGAGGCAGUGCCCCUAGGAAAUUGGCAUAUAGACUGCUGGGGGGUCACUUAGCCCCCUUAUUAGCAGGGACCCCACAAUGUCACUGCCAGUCUCUCAGGCUUGAGCAUCCAACCAGCACAGGAGCCAUGGGGUUUAUCCUGUGGGUUUUAUGAUUUGGGGUUUGUUUUUUUACAAAAAUGUUAAAUAUUCUUUGUUGAACACUAUUAAAAUGAAACGUCAGGUUUUUUUUGUAUUUUUUUGUUAAAUAUCGUUCAGUAUGAAGUGUCUCUCUGGUUUCGAAAUAAAAACGGUGGAAAUAACUGGA